AUGGAGGGCACCACCGGAGCACCGCUGGAGCAGAUCCAGAAGAAUGCGCACCAGGUGUUGGACUACAGGUUGGACGUCGAUGCAGAGUACCAGGGGUGGAUCCUGAUUUUCACCACCCUCACUUGCGCCUGGCUCUUCUGCCUUCCAUGCUACUGCGCCGGCAUGUCCUCACCGGGUGCGCGGAGAAUGGCAGCCUGGAUGUCACAACGAUUGCCGGUGGUUUACGAGCCUCGGAACAUCCUCGUCACAGGCGGCGCGGGUUUCAUCGCAAGCCACGUCGCGGAGCACCUAUUCUUUACGUAUCCCAAGUACAAGAUUGUGAUCUUGGAUCGCUUGGACUACUGCUCGAACACGAAGAACUUCGAGUCAAUGCAGGGCAAGCCCAACUUCAAGUUUGUGAAGGGAGACAUCAAAAGUCCAGAUCUGCUGCACUACAUCAUCGAGCAGGAGGAAAUCGACACGGUGAUGCACUUCGCGGCACAGACGCACGUUGACCUCUCCUUCGGCAACUCUGUGACCUUCACGGAUGACAACGUCCUGGGCACACACAGAAUUUUGGAGGUCCUGAAGGAGCUCAAGCACCAAGUGAAGCGGUACAUCCAUGUCAGUACCGACGAGGUCUAUGGCGAGAAUGCCAGCUACCACGAUGCAGGGGACAUGAAGGUUGAGGCCACCUCCCCUUUGGACCCUACGAACCCUUACGCAGCCUCCAAGGCCGCCGCGGAGAUGAUGGUGAAAAGCUACCAUCGAUCCUAUGGGCUGCCGGUCCUCGUCACUCGUGGCAAUAACGUCUACGGCCCACGCCAGUACCCGGAGAAGCUGAUCCCCAAGAUGAUCAUGAUGUUGAAGAGGAACAAGAAGCUCACGGUACACGGAGACGGCUUGAGCAAGCGCUCCUACCUGCACGUCAAGGAUGUGGCCGCAGCAUUUGACAUCGUCUUGCACAAGGGAGUCACAGGCAGCACCUACAACAUUGGCACAGCCGAGGAGCAUUCGGUCAUUGACAUCGUAAAGCAGAUCAUCAAGCUGAUGAAGCCGGAUAUUGAUCCCGAGAAGAUGAUCGAGCAUGUCCGCAAUCGGCCUUUCAACGACAUGCGCUACUUCCUUGACCUUAAGCAGCUGGAGCAGCUGGGAUGGAAGGAAACCGUGAAGUUUGAUGAAGGCCUUAAGCAGACCGUGGACUGGUUCACCGUCCAUGGCAGUGCUUUCUGGUCCGACUGUGACAUGGACUCUGUCUUGGUGGCGCACCCUGUGCCAAUUCCGAGGCUCGAGGUUCCGGCUCAGGCUGCCGCAAGGGACACGGAUGGCGAGCCUGCAGCCAAGAAGGCGAAGAAGGUGAAGUUCCUUGUGUUCGGGAGGACCGGUUGGAUUGGUGGCAUGAUUGGCGAUAUGCUGACCCAGAAGGGCUUUUCCUGGGAGUGGGCAACCUCUCGUUUGCAGGAUCGGGAGAGCGUAGAGCGUGAGCUUCUUCAUAGCGGCUGCACCCACGUGAUGAAUGCGGCUGGCUUGACUGGCCGUCCCAAUGUCGACUGGUGUGAGACGCACCGACAGGAGACCAUUCGCGUCAACGUCAUUGGAACCUUGACGCUUGCUGACCUCUGUGCCACGCACGGCAUUCACAUGACCAACUUCGCUACCGGAUGCAUCUUCCACUAUGACGAGAAGAAGCCGGAAAAGAUCGAGCGAGAUGCCUCUCUCGUCGCGAAAGAAGCAUCCUUGACUUUCAGCGAAGAGGACCGGCCCAACUUUACUGGCUCCUUCUACUCUGAGACAAAAGGCUACGUGGAGAACAUGCUUCGCAAUUUUGACCAUGUGCUUACCCUGCGAGUUCGCAUGCCCAUCGAUGGAGACAUCCUCACAAACAAGCGGAACUUCAUCUACAAGAUUGCCCACUACAACAAGGUGGUGAACAUCCCCAACAGCAUGACGGUCCUUCCUGAGCUGCUGCCUUAUGCGGUGGAGAUGGCCCUGAGACGACUCACAGGGAUCUACAACUUCUGCAACCCUGGGGCCAUCAGCCACAAUCAAGUCCUGGAGCUGUACAAGGAGUACAUCGACCCAGACUUCAAGUGGGGAAACUUCACCGUCGAGGAGCAGGCAAAGGUCAUCACCGCCGCGAGGUCCAACAACGAGCUGAGCCCGCACAAGAUGUGGAAAGAGUUUCCCGGCAUGCUGCCCAUCAGAGAUUCGCUGAUCCAGUAUGUGUUCAAGCCUGCGCAGACUGACAAGUCAAAGGCAAGGUCGAAGUGA